AUGUCAACGCGGAGGGCACAGACACGGGCUUCAGCAAACGGAGACGUCAUCGAUGGGCUCACUGUCGCGGAGCUCACUGCGGAGAUUGCGCUCCUCGCUACACUGCGGCAGCAGCUGCACACGCGGCGCUUUGAGUCUGAGAAUGGCAGCACGCCUGCGGUAGCCGGUCGCGCGGCGCUUGGACGGUCGCAGCGGCUGCUCGCCGGGCAUGCCGGCGAGGUUCUCGACCUUGUGAGCUGCGAUGGCGAUGCGAUCCUGGGGAACGCCCGCAGCCUCGCUCUUGAGCUCCAAGCGCUUGGUGCUGCUGCCGGCGAGCGAGUGCAGCCAUACAAUGUGGACGAGCCCUCGUCAGCGCCUCGGCACGGGAACGAUCCUCCCGCACGUGCGGAGAACCAGGAUGACUCGCGACCGUCCGCGGCCGCGGCGGAUCCAUGCAGUGGCAACACCGUUCUCGGCAUCCCUGUCACCGCGCCUGAACCGCCCACCGAGCCUACCGCAGCCCAGCUCAAGCUCAAGCCUCUUCAUUGGAAGAAGAUUGCCCCCGGCAGCAUCAGCACGGCCUCACUCUGGGCGUCGCUCGACGAGGUCCCACUCGGCGCGGAGCCCCUCGAGCGCCUGUGCCACUGGUUUGAGUAUCGAGAGGCGAGGGCGAUCACGCCGCGCUCUGCGGCUAUGAGCGGUUCGUCUGCCUGCGUCGAGAUCCUGACGACCAAACGCAAGCAGAACAUCGAGAUUGUGAUCGCGGGGCUGGCAGCGGGGGCGCAGGAGCUCUCGGACGCCGUCGCCUCCUUCAACGCGCAGGGCCUGCUCGCCUUGGAAGACAUCGUCGCCCUGAGUGGUAUCGCUCCGACGGCCGACGAGGCCGCUGCGGCCGCUGUGCUGCGCGCGGAGCUGGCGGAGAAUCCUUCGGUCGAGAGCAGCCUCUCGGAGGCGGAGCGUUUUGCGGUGCGCAUGUCCGAGAUUGACCACCUCGAUCGCAAGCUCAAGGUGCUCUCCCUGAUGGCGCUCUUCCAACAGCUGGCUCUGGCCGUCCGCGCGAACGUGGACAGCUUGCGGACCGCGGCGGAGCAGGUCCUCCAGUCGCCAAUGCUACGCCGGUGCCUUCAACUCUGCCUACAGGUCGGGAACGUCCUCAAUGGAGGCACAGCUCGCGGCAAUGCGCGCGGCUUCCGCCUCGACGUCCUCCCGUCGCUCUCUGCCGUCAAGUCCUCCGUCGAUCCGCAGUAUUCACUGAUGAACUUCGUCGCGGAGCUCAUGCAGCGCAAGGCCUCGGAGGCACUGCCCGAUGGCGAGGGUGGCGACGCCAUUGACCUGCUAUCGACGGAGCUCUCUGGGACCGCCAGCUUUCACACCGACACGGGCAGUGGCGGUGCGAAGGAUUGGAUCAGAUCGAUCGAUGACCAGAUUGCGCACAUCAAGGCCACGCUCGUCCUGGCAAAGGCCGAGCUGGCCCUGCUCCCGCCGUGCCCGGCGGCGCCAGCCUUGGCGAAGGGCUACCCUCAGUUGCGUGCCUAUGACCAGAGCCGCCUCCUCCUUUCGGUAGCCACAGACGAGGUGGCCUCCGUGUGGUGGGUGCUCUUGCCCGGCUGGAGACAGGAGCCCAACUUCCACUCAUGGGGCAAGAAGCAGCGCGCCCCGAGGGCGGAGCAGGUGAAGCGUGGGGUGGGAGCCGACGGACAGCCAGCCCUGGCAGCUGGCUGCCUGGUGUCAGAGGCGGCUGGGCAGGAGCACCACGUGCUCAUUGCCAUUCGGCGGCCUAUCGCGACGUCCUUCACCGUGUACGCGGUUGUCGAGGACUCCUUUGGGUGGGAGACGGCUGAAAGUGGCCCGGCUGCGAGCGCCCCACCGAGGCUCCCCGGCGCGGGGCCGGAGCUGAGCGAGCCGUGGCGGGUGGUGGCAGAGGCGCGCAUAUCGGGCAGACGCGCCGCGACCGAUCUCGCGAGCUCGCCCGCUCGGUCUCCUGCCGCGCCUGCUGCUGUCGAGGAAGCGUGCGCGCAGGCGAGCCCUGCGAGCGUGCGCAGCACAAACUCGACCCGCUCCUCGCAACUCAGCUGCCCCACCUCGCCGCACGUCACCGAGAUGAUCAGCGACGAGCAGCCGCCUCCCGACGCCGUGGAGUCGUGCCCUGGCGCGCUCAGCUGCGUGAGACGCUCCACACCUGGGACAGUCCGGCUGGGCGACGCGUCCGUCGUGCGGCGAUCGGCGGCGAACGCUGGCGACGUAGUAGCGCUGCUGAGGAGACUCGAUCUUCUCGGACUGCUCCGCACGCCCCUCCUGCAGCCGCUCGAUAGCAAGCUGGCCGGGUCCACGGCCGCCUAUUCGCUCAACAUACGUGCGUGGCGGGUGCUGCGAGCGAGCGUCGGGAAUCUGCCCCGCGCUUGGCGGGAGGUGGAGCGGCAGUCGGUAGAGCAGCCGCAUGCGCCUGGCACAGGUGUCACCAAAGGCCAUAUCGACGGUCUCUACGCUCGUUUCCUGCUCGACGCCUUUGUGGCCGAGGUGCAGAGCGAGUGCAAUACAGUCGAGGAGCACUUUUCGGACACGCAGGAGCAGUUGCGCCGCGCUGCUGAGUACCUCGGGCACGCACACCCGUCGCAGACAGCGUCGGACCACGUCGCCAUGCUGUCCACCGUCCGCGCCUUUGUGGUCUCGCUCGCAAAGUCGCGGGACCAAAACGUGGCGCGUGAGCGCCUGCGGGCGCAGACGGAGGUACGCGGGAUGCAAGAGAGGCUGCGGGCCGCGAGAGUCUUGGCGAGCGACAGGCCUGCUCGCGGACGGCCUGCUGCAGAAGGGAAGGGCAGUGGACAGCCGCGCGACGAUGAUGGCGCAAGCGCCGGGAGGGGUGAUGAGCCGGCAGCUGCGAACGGCCCGACGUCAUCACCCCAAGCAGCGUCUCCAGUGGCAGUGCGCUACGAGGAUGCACCGGAGGACUACUUUUGA